UUCUAAUCCAAUAGCUGAUCUGUGUAAGAAAAAAAAAAGAAAAUAACACAUAUCAUACAUAGAGAGAAAGUCUUUAGAAAGAUGAUCCUACAGAAUUUGCUGGCGAACCCCGAUUGUCCCACAUCGCCGGUGAUCAGCUCUCACUCCCAGUAUUUGGACUAGAGUCCAGCUAGCUUUACACAAGAUCCGAGACGCACUCCAUUGCCCUCCACAAUCCCAGCAUAAAUACUGGCACCAUGCAAAAAGAGUAGCAUUGCCCACCGUCUCAUUCCACUGUCCACUCCACUCAGCUCCAGCUCACUCCGAUCCCGACAUGGAGGCCAGAAACAGCAAUGGCCAGUCGCCGACGCCGUCGUCGUCGGAAACCCUGAUGGUCGCGCUCCUCACCGUCCCGGCCGCGCAGCUCCCCUCCCUCGCGCGGGCGCUGACCGCUGACGCGCGCCGGCUGCGGUGCCGCCUCGCGUUCCUCCUCCUCUCCCCGCAGCACUUCGCCCGCGCACUCGCGCGGCUCCGCUCCAUGCCGCUCCCCGCCAAGGCCAAGCUGCUCGGCCGCGUUCUCCUCCGUUCCCUCCUCCUGCUCCUCCCGGCGCUCUGCCCCGACGACUACGGCGGUUCCACCCACCACCUCAUCCCGCCGCCCGAUCUCGACGCCGCGCUCCUCCUCCUCGCCAUAUGCGACUCCUACUCCCCGGCGACCGCCGCCUCCUCGCCUUCCCCCGUGGACUGGCGCGCGGUGAUCGUGGACGACGUGGUGGCGUCCGCGCUCUCCGUCUCCGGCCUCGGCGCCACGCCCUGGGCCGCGCUCGCCCCCUACGUCGAUGCGGCCGCCAAGUGCCGCCGCUUUGCGGACGUCGUGUCGGAGGACCGAGAGCUGGGCGUGGGAAAGGACGGCGAUGGGAGCGGAGGCGCGUCGUACGCGGCCGUGAUGACGCUGCCCCCCGCAGCGGGGAACGGGGCGCCGUGCGCGAUCUGCCGGGAGGAGAUGGCGCCCGGGCCGCGCGGCGUGUGCGCGCUAAGGCCGUGCGGGCACCGGUUCCAUUGGCACUGCGUGCUUCGGUGGCUCGCGCGGCGCAACACCUGCCCGUGCUGCCGCGCCGAGCUGCCCGCGCUGGACGCACUGGCGGAGACGCGGCGCCUGUGGCGAGCCGUGGAGAGGAUGGCGCGCGGCGGGUGAAGUGAAGUGUACACGAUC